AUAUAGCAUUAAGAUUCAAGAAUGUAUGUAGGGCGAGAAGCUAUGAAAGACAUUCCUUUCUCUUUUCAAUUUGAAUGGCAAAGCAUAAAACCUUCCCUUAAACCAUAAGCAAGAGCCAAAGAAGCGUAGGGAGUCUAGGGACAGGAUAGCUUGUCCCCCUAACCAGAACAAAGAAUCCCCACUCUUCCAUGCUAAGAUGCUACUAUAAACUUUCCUCCUUCGGCCAUGACUGUGCAUAGCAUAGCCUCCCUCCUCCAAGAUGGACGACACGUCCAUCCACCUAGACUUGAUUGAAAGCCAUGAAAGCGAAGAUGAUUAUUUCUACCUAAAGGAUGAUGGGGCCGAUGAACAACAUUGCAUAUCUGUUAUCAAUGCAAUCCUAAGUGGCACUGCACGUCUCAACGUUCUCUUACCCACAGCCACCAUCCUUGCCUUCACCAUUCUAACUCCUCUCUUGACCAAUGAUGGUGAAUGCACGAGCUUGAACCGCUGGCUAAUGUGCAGCUUCUUGGCCCUUUCAGCAGCCUCUUGCAUUUUCUUUUCAUUCACAGACAGCUUUCGGACGGCUACCGGUAGGUUGUACUAUGGGGUGGCAACAUUUAAAGGGAUAUGGACUUUCAAUGGAGGCCGGAAGAAACCGCUCGUUCCAUCUGAUUAUAGGCUCAGAUGGGCUGAUCUUUUUCACGCCUCACUCUCAUUAACUGCAUUUCUUACCUUUGCAGCGCUACACGGUGAUGUGGUGCUCUGCUAUUAUCCAAAAAUGCCCAGGAAAGUGACCAACACCGUUCCUCUUGUUGUUGGCUUUGUGAUUAGUGUCUUCUUUGUAGUUUUUCCUUCCAAGAGAAGGGGUAUUGGGUAUCCUUUCUUGCUGCAGAGAGACGCUCUGUACUCAAGAAGUUGAGAAACAAUCUUUUUUCUGUA